AUGUUGCGGACCAUAUUUGAAGCGGAGUGUUCUCUCUCUCCCACAGAGGGAAUCCUGGGAAAGGAGCAGCCGCUCGAGGUCCUGAAGACAUCGGCGCUCAACCACAUCCCAACAGUCGACAUCAACUCCGCGCUGCCCCUUCGUCUCCCUCCGGCCGCCAUCCCCAUGGAUUUGCGCGUGGACCAUCACCAGCAGCAGCAGCAGGUGUCCUCGCUCUCCCCGCCCGCCCAGCAGUCGCCCGGCCAGCCCGGCGGCGGCAGCGUGGUGGCGGCAUCGGUGCACGAGCAGCAGCUGCAGGCCGAGCUGCUGGCCCUGAAACAGAAGCAGCAGAUCCAGCGGCAGAUCCUCAUCGCAGAGUUCCAGAGGCAGCACGAGCAGCUGUCCCGCCAGCACGAGGCCCAGCUGCAGGAGCACAUUCAGCAGCAACAGGAGCUCCUGGCUUUGAAGCACCAGCAGGAGCUGCUGGAACAUCAGAGGAAGAUGGAGAACCACCGUCGGGAGCAGGAGCUGGAGAAGCAGCAGAGAGAACAGAAGCUGCUGCUGCUGAAGAACAAGGAGAGGGGCCAAGAAAGCGCUGUGGCCAGCACCGAGGUGAAGAUGCGUCUCCAGGAGUUCGUCCUGAAUAAGAAGAAGGCGCUGGCCCAGCGUAGCAUCAACCAAGGAGGCCUCCCCAACGACGCUCCCUACUGGUACCGCAAAACCCAGCACAGCUCUUUGGACCAGAGCUCGCCUCCACAGACUGGCGUGUCCACCUACAACCACCCUGUGCUGGGCGUCUACAAUCCCCGGGAUGACUUCCCACUGCGAAAGACUGCCUCUGAGCCCAACCUGAAGCUGCGCUCCCGGCUGAAGCAGAAGGUGAGCGAGCGUAGGAGCAGUCCGCUGCUGCGUCGCCGAGACAGCCCCAUCACCACCGCCAAGAAACGCUCGCUCGACAUGGCAGACUCGGCAUGUAGCAGCGCACCCGGCUCGGGCCCGAGCUCUCCAAAUAACAGCUCCAACAACAUCCCCAAUGAGAAUGGCAUCACUGUGUCAGUGUCCAACAACACGGAGGCAUCUUUGGCCCAGAGGCUGUGCAGCGGUGCUGAUCGUGGCUCCGUUAGCCAGCUGUCCCUCUACACUUCCCCAUCUUUACCCAACAUCACCCUGGGGCUGCCAGCCACUGCCACGGCCACUGCUGCUUCUAAUGUGACCUCAGCCCAACAGGAUGGAGGCCUGCAGCCGGCCCUCUCCCUCAGCCCUCCAUUCCUCUCCGGUGGCCACUUGACCCCCUACUUGGCCGAGGCUGGAGCAGGAACAGGCGGGCACGGUGCACACAGUCCCCUGCUCCAACACAUGGUGCUCAUGGAGCAGAGUCCAGCGCAGAGCCCCCUGGUGACAGGUGUAAGCGGCCUGUCUAUGUCGUCAGCAGCGUCCAUGACCAAACUGCAGCGGCAGCACCGGCCCCUGGGGAGGACCCAGUCGGCCCCGCUGCCCCAGGGGACCGCGGCCCAGGCUCACGCGCAGGCCCUGGCACUGCAGCAGCUGGUGGUCCAACAGCAGCACCAGCAGUUCCUGGAGAAGCACAAGCAGCAGUUCCAGCAGCAGCAGCUCCACCUAAACAAGAUGAUGGCCAAGCCCAGCGAGUCGCCCGUGGGCCGUCAGCACCAGAGCCACCCCGAGGAGACGGAGGAGGAGCUGAGGGAGCACCAGGAAGGAGGAGGCCUGCCGCACGGGGUCACCAUCAAGCAGGAGCCCCCCGACCCCCAGGAGCUGCAGGAGGAGGUGCUGCAGCAGCAGCACAGGGAGAGGCAGGCUGAGCAGGAGCUCCUCUUCAGACAGCAGGCCCUGCUGUUGGAGCAGCAGCGGAUUCACCAACUGAGAAACUACCAGGCCUCCAUGGAAGCUGCCGGCCUCUCCAUCUCCUUCCCGGGACACCGCCCCCUGUCCAGGGCCCAGUCAUCUCCGGCCUCCGCUUCCUCCUUCCCGAUCAGCGUCCCCACGCCCGAUCCUCCAGUCAAGCCUCGCUUUACCACAGGUCAGCAUCGCCCUCCUCUCCUCCCACUGAAGCAUCACUGUCAAAUUGAAUCUUUAUUUCCUGCGACAGGUUCAAUCACUCCUAUGUUUGUUCGGCUCCCGUGUGGAGGGGUGGGGGUGGACAGCGACACCAUUUGGAACGAGGUCCACUCGUCCAGCGCGGCUCGCCUCGCUGUCGGCUCAGUGGUAGAGCUUGUUUUUAAAGUCGCUACUGGAGAGCUAAAGAAUGGUUUCGCUGUGGUCCGCCCUCCUGGACACCAUGCGGAGGAAAGCACUCCCAUGGGUUUCUGCUACUUCAACUCUGUGGCCAUCGCAGCCAAACUGCUGCAGCAGAGACUGAAUGUCAACAAGAUCCUCAUUGUGGACUGGGAUGUUCAUCAUGGCAACGGCACCCAGCAAGCCUUCUACGAUGACCCCAACGUCCUUUACAUCUCUGUUCAUCGCUACGACGACGGCAACUUCUUCCCUGGAAGCGGAGCACCUGAACAGGUGGGCAGUGGUCCUGGAGUCGGGUUCAACGUUAACGUUGCCUUCACCGGAGGUCUCGACCCGCCCAUGGGAGAUGCAGAAUACCUGUCUGCCUUCAGGUCAGUGGUGAUGCCGAUAGCCAACGAGUUUGCUCCAGACAUCGUGUUGGUCUCUUCUGGCUUCGACGCCGUCGAGGGACACCCUCCCCCGCUGGGCGGCUACACUCUGACAUCCAAAUGUUUCGGUUAUCUGACGAGGCAGCUGAUGACCCUCGCCGGAGGCCGUGUGGUCCUGGCUCUAGAGGGAGGUCACGACCUCACCGCCAUCUGUGAUGCCUCCGAGGCCUGCGUGGCCGCCCUGCUCGGCCAGGAGCUGGACCCACUGCCCAAGGCUGUCCUCGAGCAGAGGCCGAACCCCAACGCUGUUCGUUCUCUGGAGAAAGUUUUGGAGACUCACAGUAAGUACUGGCGCUCGGUGCAGCGCUACUCGCCGCGGCUGGGGCUUUCUUUGCUGGAAGCCAAACGAGGAGACUCGGAGGAGGCUGAGGCCGUCAGCGCCAUGGCCUCUCUCUCUGUGGCCAACUCUAAUGCCAUGGAGCAAAGCAGGUCUGAGGAGGAGCCCAUGGAAGAGGAGGAGCCGCUGUAGUGGACGAAAACGUGAGGGUGUCACCGCGUUACCAUUGACCUCUCCGGAGAACGCCUCUUUGAGCAGCAAAGAGUCUCGACUGAUCCCUUCAUUUAGUCCCCAAUGACCCCACUCACCACGUCAGUCACCUUGAUUGGCGGCCCCUCGGCCAAAAAAAACGAGGGAGAGGGGGUGGGCUCAGCCUCAAGAGUAGGGAGCCAAUCAGAAGACAGAGGAGGACUGAACUGGAAAAAACUUAUUUAAACAUACCGGCAAGCGCUCGCUCAGAGACGUUUUAUCUGUCAGUCUUCGCACCCCCAUGUUAGCCCUCGGCGGCUGACCAAGUGAUCACGGCAGCGGGCGAGCGUAUUUGGAGCGGUGCGAUCGGGAGGGUGGAGAAGGCCGGGGCGAGAUCAGAUCUCGUCACCGAAAGGUGCGAUGACACUUCUGUGCAGAAAAAUACGGUGCUUUACGCGGCUGCCCUCUGACCACAUCCAGUACGGACACCGGGGACAGCAGACGUCCCCAGCUGUCAAGAGGCAAGCUCGGGGAUUUGUUUUCUUUUUUUCUUGACUAUUUUCCCUCCCUAAAGAAAUGGGUGAGGGGGGGGCAUCGUGGCAACCGAGAAGAUAAUUUUACUAAAUGUGUUCACUGUGGACUUUGGUUGGGCCGAAGUUUGAGUAGGCUUUUACAAAGAUUUUAACGGUGAGACUCCGUCGCCUCGCCGGACCAGCCUGUUGUUGAAGGUUGACGAGUUAGAGGAGUGCCUUGGUGAGGGUCCGCUGGAUUUCACGAUUGUUCAGGAAAAGAUUGCCUUAAGAUUUUUCUCGCCGAGGAAUCGGCCCGAGGGUGCGGGAGACGGAGGAGAGUUUCAAGUCCUUUCUUG